GAAUGUCACAGCAACAGGCGCGGGGCCUGCCCACGCCCUCUAUUUUGCCUGCUACGAAAAGUUAAAAAAGACAUUGAGUGAUGUAAUCCAUCCAGGGGGCAAUAGCCAUAUUGCCAAUGGUAUUGAGCCUUCCUGUGCUGGUCCCCCACUUUCCCAACUCUCUGGGCUUUGCUGCUGUCAGUGCUUCCCAGUCUCAGCAUGGUUUGGAGCUGCAGCUUUGGGCUGGGGUAGGCCAGAUUAUAGGGGAGGGACUUCCAAACCUGAUGUGCUCCGACAGCAGGCUGCUUCAACCCCACUCCUCCUUUGGGGCACCUCAACAAAAGGUCACAGUAUCCUCCCUUACCUACCAGCUUGACUUUGCUCUCAUCUCCCUGGCAUCACUUCUAAUGCCUGGUGCAGCCGGAUGUGUGGCAACAUUACUUCAUGAUGCAGCCAUGAAUCCAGCGGAAGUGGUCAAGCAGAGGAUGCAGAUGUACAACUCACCAUACCACCGAGUGACAGACUGUGUACGGGCAGUGUGGCAAAAUGAAGGGGCCGGGGCCUUUUACCGCAGCUACACGACUCAGCUGACCAUGAAUGUUCCCUUUCAAGCCAUUCACUUCAUGACCUAUGAGUUCCUGCAGGAGCACUUUAACCCCCAGAGACGGUACAACCCCAGCUCCCACGUGCUCUCUGGAGCCUGUGCAGGAGCGGUAGCUGCCGCUGCCACAACCCCACUGGACGUUUGCAAAACACUGCUCAACACCCAGGAAUCCCUGGCUUUGAACUCAAACAUUACAGGACACAUCACAGGCAUGGCUAAUGCCUUCAGGACGGUUUAUCAAGUAGGCGGGGUAACUGCCUACUUCCGAGGGGUGCAGGCCAGGGUAAUUUACCAGAUCCCCUCCACGGCCAUUGCAUGGUCUGUGUAUGAAUUCUUCAAAUACCUAAUCACAAAGCGACAAGAAGAGUGGAGGGAAGGCAAGUGAAGAAGGGACACCGAAUGGACCAGGGUCCCACAGCGCGGCUGCAUCCCGCCCCCUCCAGCAUGGUCUGUGUCUCCUGGCACCAUCCAGUCGCAAGUGGAGCUGGAAGAGAGGGAGAAAGCUCUCUCCAGGCUCUGGUUGGCUAACACUAGUUCUCGCCAGCUUCUGUCGCCACCAUCGUCUUUUCUCCUGGGCCCUCAGCAAGUUCAGAAAGCCCACCGCAGUACCUCUGAUGACCUACAUCCUGGACCUGGCGACCUACCUGCUCUCGACAGCUGCAGAGGGAUAAGCAGCACAUUCCCCUGGUUCCUAAUUAAAAAGAAAAAGUCUUUAAA